CCCACCGCGCAGCGGUUUUCGCAGAUUUACACAGGACGUGGAGCGACUGCUAACGCGGCUAAUGAGGACUGAUCAUUUGUGGAUCUGCUGAACCUCUCGUCGUUUACGCUCAGUUGAUGUUUGGCUUAAAGGAGACGCAAUGAAAGCGCACAAAAUGGCUGCGACCCGGGGCCGCUCCAAUAAGUAGGUUUACUAUAGCUUUAAGAACGCCAAACACGGCGGCUGCUUCUUUAAGAUUAUAUCGGUUUAUUACCGCGUACGCAAUUAAGAAAAGUUUUAAUUGAACAAUAAAGAAAAAAAAACAUCUGUGCGUGUAGUUUGCGACGAAACUGGCGCACGAACAGAAAAUGUCCCAGUGUUGGAUAAAGGCCUCCUGCCGUCAACAUGUCUCUCUACUAGAUGUGCGUUAGUCCUCCGGACUUCUUGUGCGGGAUCCAAGGCGCCAUACACGAUGGAACCGACUGGCGAGCGAAAUGAGGACGCAAACAAAGGCGACGCGCCGGUGCGCCACAAGGCCGCAGAGCAGACCUCGGCCCCCGUUGGAGCCGUCACCCCGAGGAAGACGCAGAGGGAGCGGGGAGCCACGCGCGGCAGACCCGGCGGCGCUGCCUCUCGGACGGACGUCAACGGGGCCGCGACACAGCAGGGCACCGGGAGGGUCCUCCGGGACCGCUCCACCCGGGCGGUACCGGCCUGGCUGAGGGACAGCAGGAGCGAGGAGGACGAAGACGAGCCGGGCGCCGACAAGCGGAGGAAAGUUCCCAACUCCCGGCGGAGGAGAUACUGCGAGUCCGUGGAGGCUGCUGGUGGCGGCCAACACCUUGAGUCUGCAGAGGAACCCAAGAAGCCCUCCACUGAUGCUGAAGCUCUUACCACCAAGCGCCCGCCGGCCCAGAGCCGAGGCAAGCCUCCUGGCAGAACCAAGUCGGUGUGCAAGACCGAGCCUGGGACUGAGAAUCAAGCCGCUGCUGCAGAAGAGUUGAACAACAAAGACAGGGAUGACAUUGAAAAGAAGGAGAGGAGGGCUAGUGGUGGUGUCCCUCCGGUCCUGGAUAAGGAACCUCAACUUCAGGAUGAUAUCAUUGACUUCAACUAUCAAUCACAGCCUCCCAGUGGUGCAGAAGAAGAAAACGCUCCCAGCAGCGACGAAGACGUUCCCUUUCGAGACGAUUUAAACGAUCAGAGCUACGACCCAGAGGACGGGAGAUUUGUGGAUUCCCUCAAGCCAAAGCGCAGGGUUCCUCCUCGGCAGAAGGACAAGAAAGACAAGGAGAAAGUCCCCAAGAGAGAGAUGGAGGAGAUAAAGACGGAAGGUUCGGACAAUCUGGACAGUGUGGAGGAGGAAGUGAAGCUGGAAGAAGCAACAACAGCAGCAGCAGCAGAAGAAGAAGUGGAGGAGGACCCUGACGGUCCAAGGAAGAAGGGACGGCGGAAAAAAGACGACAAAACACCACGGCAGCCAAAAAGAAGGAAGAAGCCCCCGGUGCAGUAUGUCCGCUGCGAGAUCGAAGGCUGCGGAACCGUUUUGGCUCACCCUCGGUACCUGCAGCACCACAUCAAAUACCAGCACUUGCUGAAGAAGAAGUACGUGUGUCCUCAUCCUAACUGUGGAAGGCUUUUCCGUCUCCAGAAGCAGCUACUCCGUCAUGCCAAACACCAUACAGACCAGCGAGACUACAUCUGUGAGUUCUGUGCUCGUGCCUUCAAGAGCUCGCACAAUCUGGCGGUGCAUCGCAUGAUCCACACGGGAGAGAAGCCGCUCCAGUGUGAGAUCUGUGGCUUCACCUGUCGCCAGAAGGCCUCCCUCAACUGGCACAUGAAGAAGCACGACGCCGACGCCUCCUAUCAGUUCUCCUGCUCCAUUUGCGGCAAGAAGUUUGAGAAGAAGGACUGCGUGGUGGCCCACAAGGCCAAGAGUCACCCCGAGGUGCUCAUCGCCGAAGCGCUCGCCGCCAACGCCGGCGCCGUCAUCACGACCCCGGCGUCGCUGCUGGAUCUGCCCACCAAACCCCCGCAAGUGGCGGCGGGUCAGGACGGCCACGUGCAGCAGGUGUUGAUCCAGGACCCUCGCGUCGACCGGCAGGUGGCUCAGGUAUCCCAGCAGGUCAACCACCAGGUGGUUCUGGUGGAUCAAGACCAGACCCUCCACGCCAUGCAGGUGCCGGUGACCAUCGCCCUGUCGCCCAUCGACCCGCCCUCGCCCGCCGACGCCCAGCAGCACUCGCACCUUCAGCUCCAGAUGCCCGUGCAGUUCGUUCAGCCUCUCCAGUCCUACCCGGCCCAGCAGCAGCACCAAGGGCCCAUCCUGCAGAUGACCUUCCAGCACGUGGGCCCGUCCCAGCAGAUCCCGGUCCUCGCCGCGUCCUCCGCCGGUAAGGCAACCUUCGUUCCGGACAAUCCCGCGCUGGCUCCCUCCAGUCCGCCGGGGGGCGCCGCGUGGGGGCAAACUGAACGGGGCGGCGUCCUAAACGACGACAUCGUGCAGCUGACCCUCAUGUGAACGCAUUUAACAUCAAAUCGCAACACGUCGUCGUAAUCGUCAGCGUUUUUAGUCAAACCGGUUGCCUUUGUACAUAAUCGUCUUCUCACGCAAUAUGUGCUCUCAUAUACAAACUUUGUGUUGGGUCACACACCCGAGCCUUUUAGCAACUGUCCAAGUCUUAAGUCACGUCUUUAUUUAUUACCUUUUUAGUGUGUGAAAUGUUUAUUGACAAUAGGGCUGCCACUAACCUUUAUCUUCUCAAAAAUGUCACAAAACUAUCAAGUAAAAACAAUGAUUUUUUUAAUG